CACAACAAGUGCGCGCAUGCAAAAAUCAACGGAGAAAGUGGUUUAAUAGCCCAAGUCAGAGUCAGAGCAACUGCCUCAGCCCCAAGAGUCCACUGUGUGUAGUGUAGUGCAAUCGAAUGAAAGUGAAUCCCUGACGAGAGUGCCAGUGACAGUGAGAGUGAAAGGCUGGGCAGGACACCUGCCGGCGAGGUCCUUGCUCUGCGAGUGCGCGCGAUCCGCAGCACUUUUUAAAUAAUUAGCUGCGCGCGUUCAAUUAAAUAUGUAACAACUCCCUUUCCCCAGUUCGUAACUGCGAUCGAUAAUUGCUUAGGUUUAGGGUUUGGUGGUGGUGCCAAAAGUAGAACCCCCAAUUUCCAGGACGAGCCACCGACAAAUUAUUGCUAUUUAUUUUUGUGAAGAUAAUCAGAUCGCUCAAGUGCUAGAGUUUUCAUAUUUCAAGCGCGUCGAGUGCGUAUUUUGGAUUUCAAUCUAAGGCUAAAUCAGGCUAAAACCCCAUCUGCCACUGCAGCUGGAAACAACCAAUUCGGAAAUAUGAAUAGCUUUUGGAUAAUCGCUUUACUCUUAGGAUUACAGCAAACAAAGCCAAUAAAUGGACAAUCGGAUAUGAAAGUGAAAUUAAUGGUGCCCCGGUAUGUGGAACGUGGAUCCAGUGCCACCUUCAAGUGCAGCCACAAUGUCCAGCCGGAAAGACUUUUCAAGGUGACAUGGCUGAAGGUUGACAAGGGCAAGUUCUUUGAGUUCAUAAAUGGACGGAAUCCGCCAUUCUGGAACUCUACUAUCGAGGGAGCUGAAAUCGACUGGGACAAUUCCAACGAGCAGCAGGUGACACUGAAGGAUGUCCAGUUCGAUUUAUCCGGCCAGUUCUACUGUGAGGUCUCCACGGAUGCCCCCAUAUUCACCAAGGCUAGUCUCGAUGAGCUUAUGAGCGUUUUCUUGCCCCAGACGGGUCCGCCCACCAUUAAGUUUCGCAAAAGGACGCCCUUUGCCGUGGGCGAGAAACUUUUCGCUCUGUGCAACACCACCCGCGGACGCCCAGCUCCGCACAUUACGUGGCUAAUCAAUGGGAAAAAGGUGGAGGACAAGUACGUGCGCACCCACCACGUAUUCUCGUUCAACGGGAAACACCAGCGCCGCACGCAGCAGCAGCAGCAGACGCAGCUGAGUCAGCAGCAGCUGCAGCAGCAGUACUUCCAGCAGCAGUACUUCAACCAGUACCAUCAGCAGUAUCACAUCCCCGUCGGCCAAUUCAUGGACCGUUACGACAAAAGCCUACGCUGGCCAGCUGGAGCACGAGCGGAUGAGUUCCCGCACUUUUUGUCGCACCACCAUGAAGGGCACGGCCACCAUGGAAGUCUGUACAACAAUCCGUUUGGAUCGCUGGCCAACUAUCAUGACGUGGGUGAGUUCCAUGAGGUGCAUCAGCGCAACUACGACAGCAACAAGAAGAAGAUGGAAAUGAAGAAGCAACAGCAGAUGGAGAUGAAGAAGCACAGGAACAGCAACCGCAAGUACCGACGCCACAUAAACGAGAACGCCCUGGGCAUCAUCCGUAGCACCCUUAAUAGCGGUGGCUUCGGUCCGCAGGCCCCCAAUAUGAACAAGGAGCUGGGCAUUCCGUCAAACGCAGGACCCAUGAAUCAACUGGCAGCAGGCUACCAGCGACCACUCUCGCAUCCUGGCGGAGGAAGUGGAGUGGCUGCAGCGGCGGCAGCCGUAACUGCUGCUCAGCAGGAGAAGGGCAUGUUCAGCAUUAGCCAGCUGAACAUCGAGCUCACCGAGGAGCACGUGGGCAGCAACAGUCGCAUGGAGAUCACCUGCCUGUCCACGAUCCCGGCGACUGUGGGUCAGGGAGAGCAGUAUGCCGACUACAAGACUUACUCCGUGAAAGUUGAGGUUGAGCGACAAUUGGCCUCCUCCACGUCGACAGCUCCGCCGAGCAUUGGAAUGGCGGCACUGGGCAAUGGAAAUGGACAUGGCAACGAGACCUCCGCUGGCCGGAGGGCACAUGGCACAAUGGUGACACAUUUGUGGUCGCUGGCGCAGCUCCUGCUGCUUGUCCUGCUGCCCCUCAGCUACUAGAUGAUGUAGGAGGCUGAAAAACGGGACACGCUGGAGAGGAGAAGACCACCGACAUACUCGCACAGAAGGUAUAGUUAAAGCAAAACCAAGGGCAACCAUAUCAUCACCAUCCCAUCAAGGACAAAAGCAGCAGAAGCAGCUGCAACAUCGGAAAACACAAGUUGGAAUUUUUGUAUAAAUUGUACACCGCAUUUUUAAUCUGUUUCCCAAGCCAGAGCUCGAUCGAGCAGCUAAAUUAGUGCGGCUCAAAGACAGCAAAAUCGAGAAAAAAUAACAAUGGACUAAGAGAACAUUUUUAGCAUUUGUGCUCGCCUUGGUCGGCCAAUUUAAAUAGUUUACUUGUAAAUAACUGCAGAUGACCGAGGGAAUCGGGCGUGGAUUUUUCCCUUUUUAUUUUUUGUGUGGCCGCAAAGCCAAAGAGAAAUGUUUGUAAUUAAGUUGCAGUCGGACGGGAAAUUGGGAGAAUGCUUUCAGUCCGGCCAGCGGCCAUUUUUUGUAGUGCAAGGAGAAUUUUGUAUAGCUAAUUGAACAUAAGUUUCGGGACAGGCGACUGCAACUCAGAACAAAGAAAAACCAAAACCAAAACCAAAGUUUUUGCGCUCUGUCAAGGUCAGUGCGCCAAGGGCGUGGUGGUGGUCCGCCCACUGAUUGCCUUUCGUUUCUGGCCUUGUCAGAAGUUUGGGAUAAGGAUAUUACCCUGCCCCACCCACAAAAAAACCAGCACUCACACAGAAAUUCAAAUCCCAAGAAGCCAGAAUUGAUUGGGGCUAACGUUUUUUUAGGCGUUUCAAAGCAGUCGCUACGAAGCUUGUACCUAAAAUGCAUGAACUUAGUGCAGUAGCAAAACAAGAAACAAACAAAAAUACGAAUAACAAACACUCAAAGGAAACAUAUUUUUUACGGUAUUGUAGCGCUUGGGCUAGUCAAGGAUAGGGAUAGGGAUAUUUGGAUGUGGCUAACUGAGGGUAGGCUAAGAUUAGGGCAAUUGAAUUUAAGAGCCAGCAGCAGCAGCAAGCUAAAAACGAGUACCGUACCCCCAAGAACCCGUACCAACGUACCCCCGGAAAUAAAACGUUUAAAUGUAAAAUAAUUAGACAGUUAAAACCAAGAAGCUUACAGAAACAAUCAGUGUUGAAAACAUUUUGAGAAGACAACCAAACAAAACAAAAACAAAAAGAAGGCGGAGCGAAAAAUAGCACGGAGAACCCCAAAAAGAAAAGGCGCCGAAAAGGGCGCAAUCUGCGGCGCGUGGUGACCCCGAAAUUAGGGGUAAGGGUCAUCCCCAGAGGGUUGGGCUCCUCUCCUCAUGGGUCACCCCGAAACUCACUCCGCUCUACAUUACGACGCUUAUUUAUUUAUUUUCAUUUUGGAACCUUAAUUUUCGGUUCGUUGUGUGUAAAUGGUUAUCGUUGCAAUGGUUCGUUUAGUGUGUAGUUAGGAAAAUAUUUGCCGUUGCGAUUAAUUGUUUUCAUUACCAGUUUUUGUGUUUUUUUAGCGGCCGUUUAAGGAGCGGCCUAGUCGCAGUGCUUAACACUAAGUACGGAUGCAUUUCGUGUGUAUUUAGGAGGAUUAUUUUCAAGCGCGCUUUAAGUGUCUAUGGCUAAAGAACCAUUUUAAACACGUAGCAUAACAAUGUAACUAUGUAAAGCAAAAUGAUAGCAACCACGGACAACCCGGCAAAGUAAAUAUAUGUAAAGCAAUUAGUGGACUAGUCUAUACUCUCUAAAAAAUUAAAAAAAAAAAAUAAAUAAAUAUAUUUAAAAAUGAGCGUCUGUAUUGUGUGUGUAAUUAGGCUUCUAUUUUUGACUUCUACUCGACGGCGAAAUGCAAAACCAAACAUAAAUUUAGUAAUAAAACUAAGCCUGCUAUGUUCUCAAAAGAGUUUAAACAAGCGUUAUCAGUAAAAGCAAAGAAUUAACAUAUUACAAAUAACAAAAUAUCAUUUACAACUGCAAAUUGAAAAAUCUUGCCACAGUUGAAACAUUUUCCAAGGGUUGUCCUCAUUGUGAGUACAUGUAGUUUCUUGGCCAGUGAAAGCUAAUGAGUACACCAACCGGAUAAUGCUUGAACGAACUACGACAAUUUUUUAUAAAAGAAAUAUACUUAAUUACGAUAACGGUGACAUCACGUAUAAAUAAUUGAAAACAAAGUUCAUAUUAUGUAUGAAAAAUAUGGCUAAAAUGUCUUAUGCAGGUAUUGACGUCUUCCUAUGCUACGCUGUCUAUUAUUAACAGAAAAAACAAAUUGAUUACAUUUAUAAAUUAUACAUUACGAAUAGGUGUGCAUGCAAAUUUACUGAUUGCAUACACUAAGAACUAAAUAAAUAUGAAAUGAAAAACAAAAAUGAACAAAAUAUUAACACUUAUACACAAACAAAUGAGGAUGCUUUAAACUUAAUCCAUAAUUUAUACCAGUUUUAAUUCAAAUAUAUAGACUAUCUAUUUUUAGUACUGAUUAUGGUAUGCUAAUUUCAGCCAUUAUUCAAUUUCAGAUAAUUUGAUUUAUGUGAACUUUUUUGGGAGCUAUUUCCCACUUAGUUAUGGGUUUGUAAAUCACUCGUACUAGUAAAUGUUUCCCACCAAUCUAUGAACAAGUGCAAACACAAACUUUUCAACACAUCACACUCGCCUACAUAUCCGCAGCUUAGUCCCCCCGUGAAUGUCAUACACCCUCUCAACUUCUCUAUUUGUCUGUAUAAAUAUGCAAACUGCGUGUUGUCUACAACUCAGUCGUCUGUUGUCUCAGCAUAUAUCAGCAUGAAUAUGCAUAAUUGGCCAAAGAUUUGGAGGUACUUUAUCCCAGUCGUAUAGCUAAUUAUGUGACAUGCACCAUGCACCCCUCUAUCGAGCAUAUUUAUGUGUAUCUAUGUAAAAACUCUAUAUAGGUGUCCAGUGCAAAAGUGAAACGCAAGAGGAUGAUAUUUAUAUAGAUCAAAUAAGAGUACAUUAAGUGUCGCAGCAAUUCGCAAAACAUAUCAUAAAUGUUGUAACAUUUUCGGAUUCCAAAACAAUGGGAGCUUCAGCCUCUCAAGUCGGAAGCCAAUUAACAUUUUUCAUGCCUACCAUAUGAUGGUAUUUAUGGGGUUUAAUUAUGAUUGUUUGUUGAGGCCUCUCCAAAACCAACAUAAAUGGAUAUUGACUCGAAUGUUUGACAAUCAGGCAUUCAUAUUCAUGUUGGAGGAAAAAUCACAUCAUAAUGACAGCAUAAAUGAGAGCGCAUGAUAUACAAAUAUGCACACAAAACACGAACAUUAUAUUUAAAUGUUGUAUUUUGAUAAGUCGAAAGUAUUACGACAAUGUCAGAUUGCCAGACAAAGAUAUUUUGUCCGGGAAUCUGCUGCGCGGCUACCUUUAUCAUUUCUAUCACAUCAAAAUCUUCCAGUCACACAUAUCAUUGCGUAUUGAACAAAAAACAUAAAAUUAUACAAAAUAUAUAUUAAAAUUAUGUAUACAAAAAAAAAAAAAAAAAAAAAUAAGAAAAACCCCGUAAAGGUGUAUAAAAGAUAUAUUUAUAGAGAAAAGGCAUGUUUAUUAAUUUUAAACACUUACACCACAAAAAGCUUUAACUUUUUGUUCCCAUUGUUUGUCGAACAUUAUUAUAAUCGCAUGCACAUACACAUGGAUUUGUGUGUACAAAUAUUUGAUAUUGAAUUCAACCUAAUUUGAAUUUCCCUGAUUUGUAUUGUAUAAAAUGUUUUAAGGUCUAAGAAAAUGUCUAGAUUAUUAGCAUUAUUGAGGCUACUAUUGAUAACUGAAUAUAUUGAAGAAACCCAGACAAAUUGAACUCGAAAAACGUAAAAUAAACAUUUAUUUAUAGAUACAGACAUACCAAGAGCGAGCGAUACAAUUGUAAAAAUUGCAACCUAUGCAAAUUAAAUGCAAAAAAAUAAGAAAAUGAAUGUGUGGAAUAUGUGUAUUAUUAUUAUAUACUAAGCCACGAAUAUUUAUAUGUACACUGAGCAGAAGCAGAGAGAAUUAAGUGUAAAAUUUAAAGUGUAAAUUACCAAACGAAGAACAACAAUUACGAUUACAACUCAACCCAAAUUAUGGCGCCUAAUGCUUGGCCAAUCUACUACACGGAAAGGGAUAUACAGCAUAUUAAAUAUACAUACAGAAAUACGAAUAUUUGUGGUAAAAAGAGAACGAACUAAAAAAUAAAUGUUGAAAACAAAA